GACACCGUCCUUGUAUGGGGAUCCCCGCCAGCUCCGGCCUGGCUUUAACUUUGAGACUGGACACCUUUCCCCAAUCACGAUGGCUAUCCUCUCCAAAUGCCGUCCUUCAAGAGAGCGUAUCGCCGGGCUUACACGUGCCUACUCAGCUCACAGACCCCUCAUUCAGCGGGGCCUCAUGACCGGCUUUGUGCUUCAUGUCCUGCUGGCUGCCUAUCGAGGGGUUGCGGCUCGUCCCAGUCCACGGCGGAGGGGUGGAGCGAAACUAUCGGACGGUAAAGCCACCCGUGUGGCGGUUGAUGCGGCGUUCUACCAGCGACUCAGAGUCAUCCUACGGAUCGUCAUCCCAGGCAUACGCACGAAGGAGGCGCUCUUACUUUGCAUGCACUCAACCUUGUUGGUGUUUCGAACCGCGAUCUCUCUAUAUAUCAAUGCAUAUACAAUAGGAUUGUUGCGUCAGUUGGUUCGCGGACAAUCUUUCCAAUUUUUGCUGAAUAUCAUCCGCUGGUUACUUGUUGCUGUACCUGCCACCUGGACAAAUAGUUGGCUUAGUUAUGUCCAGAAUAAAUUGACAAUCGCAUACCGGACGCGUUUGACGAAUGAAGUUCUCAAGCAGUAUUUUGGGGAGGAAGCUGAAGGGCCAGAGGGGAAGUGUUAUUACAAGCUUUCAAGUCUGGAUGACCGUAUAAAAGUACCCGACCAGAUGAUCACUUAUGAUAUCCAGCGGUUUUCCGCACACCUUGCAGCUAUCUAUGCGAAUCUCGCGAAACCCACUCUCGAUGUUAUUCUCUAUAAUUACCAACUUGCACAGAAUGUAGGUGCGGAAGGGUUGGUUAUUCUGACAGUUUUAAUUCAAACAUCUUCCGCUUUACUCCGGGUGUUAUCCCCGUCCUUCGGUACUUAUACUGCCCAGUCUGCAGCACUUGCAGGCAAUUUGCGGCACGGUCACUCUCGUUUAGUGGAAUUCGCAGAAGAGAUCGCAUUCUUCGGCGGGCAGGAAACAGAGAGGGAGUUGCUUGAGAGAGAGUAUAUCACACUGGCAAGACACGAGGAAGAGGUUAUGAAUAAAAGGUGGUGGUAUGCUUGUGCGGAAGAGGGGAUUAUCAAGUGGUUGUGGGGAAGCUUCGGACUGGUCAUAUGCGCAAUUCCGGUAUUCUUCAAAUUUCCAGGCGCAGCACACGUUGAUCUAGGGAGCCUGUAUUCAGGUUUUGUUACCAACCGGAGAUUGCUGUUGUCAUCAUCAGAUGCUGUCGGCCGUGUGAUGUACUCAUACAAGGAUCUCGCUGAAUUGGCUGGGUACACGUCUCGUGUUUUUCUCAUUUUGGACGCCUUAUCCGAUGUGCGGGCAGGCAAAUUUGAGAAGGCGCUAACAAACGGCGCAACGACGGGAGAGAACGGUGCAAUCCUACGUGGUCGUGGCCAAGUUUUCCUGUCGGAGGAUAUCCAAUUCGAGAAUGUUCCGAUCGUCACUCCGAAUGGUGAUGUACUUUUGCAGAGUUUGACUUUCAGUGUCAAACCGGGGGAAAAUUUGCUCAUCGUUGGACCAAACGGCUCUGGGAAAUCUUCACUGUUCCGAAUUCUUGGAGGUCUCUGGCCAGUUUACGGCGGCGUUGUGCGGAAACCCCCAGCCUCCGAUUUCUUACUGAUCCCGCAGCGGCCGUAUCUUUCUUUGGGCACCUUUCGAGACCAAGUCAUCUACCCCCAUUCCGAAGAACAAAUGAGAGAGCGUGGGGUAUCGGAUACCGAUCUACUUGCUGUGCUGGCUGUGGUGCAAAUGGAUGGCAUGGUGGAGCGUGAGGGCUGGGACGUGACACGAGAAUGGAGAGAGACUUUGAGCGGUGGUGACCAACAGAAGCUUGCUUGGGCCAGACUCUUUUAUCACAGACCUAAGUAUGCUAUCCUUGACGAGGCGACAUCACUUGUCCCUCCGGAUGUGGAAGGAAGAAUGAUGGAGCAUGCUACUGCUUUGGGCAUAACGCUUCUGACAGUCUCUCACCGGUCUUCGCUGUGGAAGUAUCAUUCGCAUAUCCUACAGUACGAUGGUCAGGGUGGAUAUAUAUUCACGAAGCUCGAUGUGGAGAAACAUUUGGCACUGCAAGAAGAGAAGCUCGACCUGGAAGCAAAACUCAUGGAAGUACCGAAGAUGAAGGUGCGCCUGGCUGAGCUCAGGCUGCUCGUGGAUGCGCAAGGGGGGAAUAUGCCGUAGUUCUGAAGUUGGUACAGGUUUGGAAUAGAAGGAAAUCGUGGCCGACACGAGGCCGUGAAAUAUACUGUACACUACACACAAUGUAAAGACAGAUAGCUCAUACAGUCGCGAAAACAUGCUCGGUUAGAAAGACGGCACCAGAAACAUGGUGGGGAAGAGGAAG